AUACAUAUCAUUAGUUUAUUAUAUAAUUUUUAAUACUAAUUACUUCACUUUGAUGAAGCAUUCAUUUCGUUUUUCACUUUACCAUUUAUGUUUUUUAAAAGAUUGGUGAUUCAAAUUGCUUUGUACUUUUGACAAUACUAUUAAUAACAUAUCAUGUGAUUCAUAUUAAAAAAAAAAAAUUGCUUAGCCUAAGGAAAAUAGAGGCUUAACAUUUACUUUAAAUUUCUUGUACGUGACCGUUGUUGUCUACAAUUCAGCCAGCUUCUAUGAUGUGAGAAGUUUUGGCGUUUGUUUGCAAUGGAAAAACGAUCUGGACUGCCGGUGUGGACUGUGAAGAAGAAACUUCUUCUCUUGACUGUAGACUCUGAACCACCACUCGGGACACCGAACGCCGACCGGAAGCUGGCGUACAGUCCAAAACGAGCGAUGGCCGAGCUCCGGCACUCAAGUUCGCUUGGGAGCCGAGCCACCUCGUCUCCAAUGAAGCGCGACGAGGACGCAUCUCCUCUUAUCCACGAUCACAACGCCGUCGAUGACCACCCGCGCCACACAUUUCGAGAUCGGGACCGUCCGUUCUGGUCUUAUUUUCACUCUUGUUGCCCUCUGUUCACGGAUGAUCCUAGGGUUUCUCACCACGGCUCCAGGAUCUCGUUCGCUUUGCUCUUCAUUAUCGCCGUUGCUGGAGUGAUCUCGGUUUUUUCAAUCGUCCAUAGAUUAAAUGCCCCGUACCUGUGUAAAAAGGAUGGUAUCGUUCUUCACUGUCCACAUGUCAAAGAGCCUUCUUCACUUUGGGAGAACCCAUUUUCUGCAACUACUUCUUGGAAGCCUUGUGCUGAGCGCCGUGAUGGUGGAAUAUCAGAUCUUCCUCCUGAGAAUGAAACAAGUGGUUAUAUAUUUAUUCAUGCUGAGGGGGGUCUCAAUCAGCAGAGAAUUGCGAUAUGCAAUGCUGUUGCUGUUGCCAAAAUAAUGAAUGCAACUCUUAUCCUGCCAGUGCUGAAGCAAGACCAAAUUUGGAAAGACCAAACGAAAUUCGAAGAUAUUUUUGAUGUUGAUCAUUUCAUUGACUACUUGAAGGAUGAUGUCCGAAUUGUCCGUGAUAUACCUGAGUGGUUUACCGACAAAGCAGAAUUGUUUACAAGCAUAAGACGCACAGUGAAAAACAUACCAAAGUAUGCGCCAGCACAGUUUUAUAUUGAUAAUGUGCUUCCUCGUAUCAAAGAGAAGAAAAUCAUGGCCCUCAAACCUUUUGUUGAUCGCCUUGGGUAUGAUAAUGUUCCACAAGAAAUCAACAGACUAAGAUGCAGGGUAAAUUAUCAUGCAUUGAAAUUUCUUCCAGAGAUAGAGCAAAUGGCUGAUCUGCUAGUCUCAAGGAUGAGUAACCGCACAGGAAGUCCAAAUCCUUAUAUGGCUCUACAUCUUAGGUUUGAGAAAGGCAUGGUAGGUUUAUCAUUCUGUGAUUUUGUUGGGACAAGGGAGGAGAAAGCCAAAAUGGCUCAAUACAGACAAAAGGAAUGGCCUAGACGGUAUAAGAAUGGUUCCCAUCUAUGGCAGCUGGCUCUGCAGAAGAGGAAGGAAGGGCGGUGCCCUCUUGAACCUGGUGAAGUUGCAGUAAUUCUUCGGGCAAUGGGUUAUCCUAAGGAAACCCAAAUUUAUGUUGCUUCUGGUAAGGUUUAUGGUGGACAGAACCGGAUGGCACCUCUAAGGAACAUGUUCCCUAAUCUGGUUACCAAGGAGGAGUUGGCAAGUAAGGAGGAACUGGAUGUUUUCAGGAAGCAUGUAACAAGCUUGGCAGCACUUGAUUUCUUGGUCUGCUUGAAGUCGGAUGUAUUUGUUAUGACACAUGGAGGAAACUUUGCAAAAUUGAUUAUUGGGGCGCGAAGGUACAUGGGUCACCGUCAGAAAUCUAUAAAGCCAGACAAGGGGCUUAUGUCUAAAUCUUUUGGAGACCCCUACAUGGGGUGGGCAACUUUUGUAGAGGAUGUGGUUGUCACCCACCAGACCAGAACUGGACUGCCAGAAGAGACCUUCCCUAACUAUGACCUUUGGGAGAAUCCUCUGACUCCUUGUAUGUGUAAAGCGUAAGCACACGUAUAUCUCUCUCUCUCGUAACUUUUACACUAAUGAUUCGUUCUGUGGAGCUUCUGGGCUAGGAAACUGGAUAUAAUCAUACGAGGAAGGAAAAUUCUUUUACCCACAAGCUACGAGGAAACAUCUUAGACGAGCAACGAAUAAAGUUCUAUUCUAGGAAAGAUUUUGGCCUACUGAGCAGGAAUUGUUUUAAAUGUUGUGAGGCCUGGUAUGCAGGGACACUGGGUCAGUUUUGUCCUAAAAAACAAUGGAAUGACUUUAGCAAUAUAUCUGUCAUAAAGACAAAUGUGUAACUCUGUAUAAUUUGUAAAAUACUAAUGAAAGGUGCAAGGUGCU